UGAAGACCGAAGCGCAAAGAUGAAAACUUUGUCCGUCCUGGUUCUCUGCUCCCUGGCCGUCCUCUGUCUGACUUCAGCAGAUGCCUCCUUCAGCUCCCAGCCUGCUGGUGACACCCCCGCUCAGGAGGGUUUGUUUGUGGAGCAGGAGCAGGCGUCCUCAGUGGUGAGACAGAAGAGAGCUCCUAAAGAGUUAUCUCUAUCCCAGCUGGAGAGUCUAAGAGAAGUGUGUGAGCUGAAUCUGGCAUGUGAGGACAUGAUGGACACCAGUGGAAUCAUCGCUGCCUACACCACCUACUAUGGACCAAUUCCCUAUUAGACACCAAACCGUUGUUCAUCCCAAAUGUCUUUUCUUUACUUUGCAUAUUCACUUUUUCAGUUUUACUUUGUCACUUUAAAAAACGUUGUAGUCAUAAGUAACCACUUCCCUUUAGUGCCAGUGGAGCAAAAUAAAACAGUAAAGGAGAAAGAUGUUAGAUAGCAAGAGGAAUAAUAUUUGCAUGAUCAUUUAUUUUUCCACCCUGCUUAAACCCACACAGUUCUGUGAUACUCACCUCAGACAGUCUGU